UUCGGACGCUACCGCCCCCUGCGUCGCCGGUAAAUAUGCGUCAUCACGAGCAGCCACGCGUCACCAUUCCCGUGGCAAUAGGCUCCGCCCCUUCGCGGCGCCCGUAGUGUUACAUCAUCAGGAGGCGCCGCUGGCGCGGCCAUGGCGGACCCGGCCCGGGACGCGCUCGGUGCUGCUGCCGCGCCGGAGCCGCCGCCCGCAGGAUCCUCCUCGCCCGCCGGCGGCGAUGGGGCGGUGGCCGCGGGCGAAGCGGCGGCCGUAGAGGGAGCGGGAGAAGGCGAGGUGGGGGAGGCUGGCGGUGGCAGCGAGCUCAAGGCGGAGGUGGCGGUCGGGGAGGUGAGGAGCGCGGACGGGGAGGCGGCGGACGCGGAGGAGCCGGGGCUGCAGGCGUGUGCGGCCAGGAAGGUGAAGCUGGAGCUGAAGGAGCGGAAGGAGAAGAAGCAGAAAGUGGACGAGGACGAGAUCCAAAAGAUGCAGAUCCUGGUCUCCUCCUUCUCCGAGGAGCAGCUGAACCGCUACGAGAUGUAUCGCCGCUCUGCCUUCCCCAAGGCCGCCAUCAAACGGCUUAUCCAGUCCAUCACCGGCACCUCGGUGUCCCAGAACGUCGUCAUUGCCAUGUCGGGCAUCUCCAAGGUGUUUGUUGGGGAGGUGGUGGAGGAAGCUCUGGAUGUGUGUGAGAAGUGGGGGGAGCUGCCCCCCCUGCAGCCCAAGCACAUGAGAGAGGCCGUCAGGAGGCUCAAGGCACGUGGGCAGAUCCCCAACUCCAAGUACAAAAAGAUCAUUUUCCACUGAGAGGCUGAGAUGAGCUUCCUGUAGGACCUUCCCAUGUGGACUCUUCCACAAGGCCCCUCUGGGGUGGCCUGUGGGACCUCAAGGAUGUUCCUGCUGUCCCUGCCCACCCUGGGCAGAGCUGGAUGCACCCUCAACCUGGACUUUGGGGUCUCAGCACAGCAGGGAGAGAAACAUCCAGGGGCUGCAGAGCAUUUCCUGCUGGCCCAGAUGUGCCAUCUCUGUCCAGAUGUGCCACCUGGGCCCAGAUGUGGAGCGCUUUUUUUUUUUUGUACAAUAAACUUAUUGUGUUCAUAACCUGA